AUGGUUACAUGGGACGAGCAUUCGCUUCUCUUGAACGGCGAAAGAAUCAUGAUCUUCUCCGGCGAGGUUCAUCCUUGGAGAUUACCCGUUGCUUCGCUCUGGCUCGACGUCUUCGAAAAGAUCAAAGCCCUCGGCUUCAACGCCGUAUCCUUUUAUGUGCACUGGGGUCUUGUUGAAUACAAGAAAGGCGAUUUCAACUUCGACGGCAUCCGUUCAUACACCCCAUUCUUCGAAGUUGCUCGCAAAGCUGGUAUCUACCUUAUAGCUCGCCCAGGACCAUACAUCAAUGCCGAGACCUCCGGCGGUGGUUUUCCCGGAUGGGGAACCCGAGUUGAAGGUGCUUGGAGGUCUGAGAACGCAACGUACAUGGCAGCCAUGGAAGACUAUGUGCGCGUGAUUAGUGAAAUUAUCGCACCGGAACAAAUUACGAACGGUGGACCUGUUAUUCUGUUGCAGCCAGAAAACGAGUUUUCAAUCGGGACUCCGUGGAUCCCAUGGCCCCAGUCGCACUAUAUGCAGGUUCUGCAAGAUUGGUUCAGGGAUUCCGGAAUUGUGGUACCAAUGAUCUCCAACGAUGUAUGGGGUGGGUUCGCGAAUUAUGUUCCUGGCUCUGGAGAGGGUCAGGUUGAUAUUUAUGGUUACGAUGGGUACCCCCAAGGUUUCGAUUGCGCAAACCCCUACGCGUGGAUCGAUGGCAAGCUUCCAACGGACUUCUAUGAAACACACAUGAGUGUUUCUCCGAACACGCCAAACUCGAUCCUGGAAUUCCAGGGUGGUGCUUUCGACCCAUGGGGAGGCUCUGGUUACGACGCGUGUGCAAUCCUUCUGAACCACGAAUUUGAAAGAGUGUUCUAUAAGAAUAAGAUCUCAUUUUCAACCACUAUCUUCAACAUCUACAUGACUUUUGGAGGUACCAACUGGGGAGGAAUUGCAUUCCCUGGAGUAUACACCAGUUACGACUACGGAAGUGCCAUUUCCGAGAACCGUCGCAUCAAUCGUGAGAAAUACAGCGAAUUGAAGCUUCAGGCCAACUUCCUCAAAGUCUCGCCAGCUUACCUCACCACUGUCCCCCAGAACUUGAUCCCAAACACCAUUAACGGGUCCUUUACCAACAACCCCGCACUUGCUGUUACGGAGACCAAGGACGUCGUCGGAAACAAGACCGUUUUCUGGAUUGUGCGACAUGGGGCGUACAACUCACUCGAGAAAUCAACCUACAAGCUCACUGUACCGACGAGUCUUGGAAACCUCUCCAUCCCGCAGCUGGGCGGAAGCCUCACUCUUGAUGGACGUGAUUCUAAGAUCCACGUUACCGACUAUGCGUUUGGUGAUAAGACGAUCCUUUACUCAUCUGGCGAGAUUUUCACCUGGAAAAAAUUCGGCUCCAAGCAUGUCCUCGUCCUAUACGGCGCUUCGGGAGAAACCCAUGAAACAGCUAUCGCAUACAAAGGAACAGCACCCACGAUCAAGGUUGCCGAUAAGAAGUCCCUCAACAAGACUCAAGCCAAGGAUGGUGUACUCAUCUUAAACUAUGUGACCACCGAUCAAACUGUUGUGGAGAUUGGAGACGAUUUGCUUGUAUACUUGGUUGAUCGGAAUGUGGCUUAUAGACUGUGGGUUCCGGAUCUCCCAUCAGACAAGGGUGUUCCGGGCCCGGCGUUCAGCACGGAUGAUGCAGUUAUUAUCAAAGGGACCUACUUGAUCCGUUCAGCGGACAUUGCUGGUAGCACUUUGCAGGUUAGAGGAGACAUCAAUGCUACUGAGACUAUCGAGGUAGUAGCUGGGUCAGAUGUAAAGAAGGUCAAGUUCAAUGGUGAGGAUGUGAAGGUUGAAAAAAGUUCAUACGGAACUUUGUUAGGCAGAUUGGUUUACAAAGAGCCUAAAGCAACAUUACCAGCUUUGAGCAAACUUACCUGGAGAUAUGCGGACAGUUUACCAGAGAUUGGCGAUAAAUACGAUGACAGCAAAUGGACAAACGCGGAUAAGAAGAACACUACCAAUCCUAGAGCGUUGACUACACCCGAGAACUUGUAUUCGAGCGAGUAUGGUUACCAUACCGGAAAUAUCCUCUGGAGAGGACACUUUACCGCAACCGGAAAGGAAAACAGCUUUAAUGCUUCUCUCAUUGGUGGCAAUGCAUUCGGAUUCAGUGUCUGGUUGAACUCUGACCUUCUUGGAUCGUGGUAUGGAUACGACUCUGGAGCCUUUGGAAAUAAGACCUUCACUUUCCCCACACUGAAGAAAGGAAGCAAGUGCAUCAUCACUAUCUUGCAAGAUCAUCAAGGGUUGAACGAGGACUGGACUGCCGGAUCAGAUGAUUUUAAGACCCCAAGAGGAAUCUUGUACUAUGACUUCAAAGGAAGCCCAGAUACCACUGUCUCCUGGAAAUUGACCGGAAAUUUAGGAGGUGAAACUUAUAUCGAUCGCACCAGAGGACCUUUGAACGAAGGUGGUCUUUAUGCGGAACGUCAAGGAUGGCAUUACCCAGGAUUCAGCACCGAUAAGUGGACCAAGAAGUCUCCGUUUGAGGGCAUUGACAAGGCUGGUGUUGGGUUUUUCAAGACCGAAUUUGAUCUCAACCUGCCUAAGGACUAUGAUAUCCCGCUUUCGUUUAAGUUCUCCAAUUCAACCUCGACCCCUAAUUUCAGAGCCCAAAUCUACGUUAACGGGUAUCAAUUCGGUAAAUACGCCAAUAACGUUGGUCCACAACUUGAGUUCCCCGUUCCAGAGGGAAUCAUUAAUCAUCAAGGAAAAAACACUCUUGGUGUUUCACUCUGGGCGAUGGACAAGGAGGGUGCGAAGAUUGAUGGUUUGGAGCUUGUGGCAAAUGCACUUAUCCAAAGUGGGUUCGGAGAGGUUGAAGCGAGUGAGCAGCCGAGGUGGAAGGAGAGAAAGGGGGCAUAUUAG